GCGUUUAGUUGUAUACGUGACUUCGGAACGUAACGUAUUGGCACAGUGUUUUAAUAAGUGUGAAAAUAAAAUUCAGCUAUAAUUCUUUUUUUCCUUUUUUUUUUUGUUUUCCCAACGGGUUUUGUGAAUUUUAUUUAAAUUCAAUAUAACUAAGUGUUUUUAAAAGUGAAAUUAUCAUUUCAAGAGGUUAGAAAAUGCUCCUAAAUAGCGGCGCGCCGCACAAUUGUUUCGUCGUCUACUUGAACGAUGUGGAUAUUUCAUUUGAAAAAAGCAACGUGGUGUCAAUGAAGUAGAAAAUAUUAAGUAAACGUUGAUGUUUACAUUUUCUGUUAAAAGUCUAACAAAAAUGACACUUUAGAGAAAAGGGGAACAUUUCUCUUUUUUUGGUACCGAACACCUGCCAAAAAAAAAAAACAAAACAGAAAAGACAUGGCGGGUUUCCGAGAUGAGGACAAGGCUCUUUUUCCAUUACAGAGUAUUUCCUCGAUUGUACAAAUUUUUCAAAAUCAAUUGGAAAAUAGCACGGAGCCUGAUCUUGCAUUGCUUUCUAUUCUUGUUGGCGCUGUUGAAAAUUCAUUAACCUGCAAUCGUACAUUUACAUCGCAAGAUUCAAUUGUUUAUGAUGAGCCAAAAUUACCAACAGUUGAAUAUCAUAUUGCCGAAGCAUUAUAUAGAAAAUUUCAAACGGUAAUAAAAGGUGCUGUUGAUUUAACGGUUUAUGAUACAAAAUAUGCAACAAGAGAAUUAGUUAAAAAAGUAUCGGAUGUCAUAUGGAAUUCAUUGACAAGAAGCUAUUAUAAAGAUAGAGCACAUUUACAAAGUCUUUAUAGUUAUUUAACGGCAAAUAAACUCGAUUGUUUUGGUGUUGCAUUUGCUGUUGUUGCUGGAUGUCAAGUAUUGGGAUUUAAGGAUGUUCAUUUGGCAAUGUCAGAGGAUCAUGCAUGGGUUGUUUAUGGAGAAGAUGGUUCUGAAACAGCUGAAGUUACAUGGCACGGAAAGGGAAACGAGGACAAACGUGGACAGCCAGUUGAAGCAGGUGUGGCGUCACGAUCAUGGUUAUAUGUUAAUGGACAAGCUGUAAUAUGUAAUCGAGCAAUGGAAGUUGCUACAAUUGUUUCGGCUAUUAAUCCAAGUCUCAGUGCAACAGCAGACGCUGCGGAAGUUGCAUUAUUACAACAGGAAUUAUUGUGGUUACUUUAUGAUUUGGGUCAUUUGGCAAAAUAUCCAAUGGCUCUUGGAAAUUUAGGUGAUCUUGAAGAAGCUGCACCAACACCCGGAAGACCACCUGCAAUUAAUCUCUUUCAGGAAGCCAUUCGUUCGUCAAGAAAAUAUUAUGGUAACGCACAUGUUUAUCCCUAUACUUAUCAAGGUGGUUAUCUUUAUCGUCAUGGAUUACAUUCCGAAGCACUUUCUUCAUGGGCUGAUGCUGCUGAUGUUUUAAGAAAAUACGAUUAUUCAAGAGACGAUGGUGAAAUUUACAAGGAACUUCUUGAAAUUGCAAAUGAAUUGAUACCACAUGCAGUUAGGGCUGAUGAACGUUUACUUCGACAACCGCGUUGUUUUGCACAUCUUUUACGUUUUUACGAUGGUAUUUGCCAAUGGGAGGAAGGAGCAAAUACACCAGUAUUACAUAUUGGUUGGGCACGUCCAUUAGUUAAUACAAUAUCAAAAUUUGAUGCGAAUAUACGCGCUCAAGUUGUUAUUGAAUGCUAUGAAACAGAAACAAUAAAACUCAAUGACGAUGAGAAUUUACAAAAAAAAGAAACAAAUCCCGAUGAAAUGCUUAAUAAUAAUAAUAAUAAUUAUUAUAAAACAAAAGAAAAGGGAAAUAAUACAGCAAGGGAUUUAAUUAAAAGUUUAGAAUCUAAAGUACCAGUAACGACGGCAUCAACACAUCCAAGUAUUCAAGCAUUAACGGCAGCGUGCAGUGAGAAAAUUCUCAAUAGAGAUUAUCUUCUUCAAGGCGAUGGUGAACCAUUUGUGGCACCACCUGAAUUAACAAUUAAUUCAACGCCUUCAACAUCUCAGGAACCAGUUGUUGCUGUUGCUACUGCUACUGUUACUGCUACUGCUGUUACUGCUGCUGCUACUACCGUUGUUGUCAACGAAGAGAUUGUCGAUGAUUCUGAGAAUGAGAAGCCAAAGAUAACUCUCUACAGUCAAAAAAUGAAGGGAUUGAAAGAUUUACUACUUGCCGAGAAGCUUAAUACACAUGCAAUUUCACUUCAAUUAACGGCACAGAGCCAAGUGCAAAUAGGUAAAAAAACAAGAAGCGGCGAUGAAAUUGGUAUUAAUCAACGACCGAAGAGAACACGUCGCGAUUAAUAUAAUAUCGCUUAAAUCGUGUUUAGAAAAAAAGAAAAAUUCAAUUGAUUUUCUCGAUUUUAAUUUUUCCGAUUUAAUGAAAAGCGAUGAGAGUAUACGAUUCCCACUUUUUUUUUUUUUUUUUUUUU